UCCAAGCUGCCGUAUUUCUUGAUUGUGCGCAAGACGCCCGUUUGGAUACGCAGACUGAUGUGUUUAUUGAGGAUAUCAGAGCGAAGAGAGUGUCGAUGGACAUUGGGCAGCCAUCUCCGACGGGUCUUGGUCUUGGAGUCUGGUACGUUGUUGCCGUAUUGGAUGUGUGUGCCGCCAUACAACCCUCUGUCUUGUCGCGCAUAGCUGUGUGCGUGUCUGGCUGGCACUGCGAUGGGUGCUCUCGCUGCUCUGGCGAUGCUCCGUGCUGCUGAGGCGAGGGACUGCAGCAUCCUCCUGGUGGUCUCUGGUCUUUCUUCUCUUCAACUUCAACUCAGUCAACUCAGUCAACUACUCUUCAGCUACACGCACUUCUGUACACGCCAGCAAAGCAGUGCCGACCAUGUCUCUCCUCUCAAACAUCCUCGGAUGGAGCGCAGUCGGCCUCGUCACCCGCUCCUUCCAGCUCGGCCUUCAGCAACGCACCCAGUUCUCAUCGCUCGGCGGUCAUGCGGCGUAUGCCACACUCUUUGGCGGACUCGGUUACUUCCUCUACGGCGUGGAACAGCAGCAGAAGGAACAGAUUGAGAAGAAGAAGCAGGCCUUACUCGCGUCUCGUGCCAGGAGAGCAGAACA